GCGUCCCGUUCAGUGUGCCGUCGGAUCAAGUCGGAUCAAUAAUAUCGUAGAUAAUAGAAUCAAUUCAAUAAUCCGCGUACGGUAAUAUCCUUUUCGCUUACACUAUAAACGGCUCUUCAAAUUAAAAAGAUAUAUUAUAUUCAAAGCGUGCCUACUUCCAUUAACAAGGAAUAGGACUCUGAACCAUAUUUGAAUUAAAGUUUACAAUGCCAAACAAGAAGAAAAUCCAAAAUAAAAAAGCAACAAAUGAGGACGCAAUUGUAAUGGACGGUGACAUUGUUAUUUCGGGACUUUCCGGUAAAUUUCCGGAAAGCAGUAAUAUAGAAGAAUUCAAGCAGAAUCUGCUAAAUGGCAUCGACAUGGUCACAGGCGAUCCGCGUCGUUGGGAAGCAGGCAUUUAUGGUCUACCAGAGCGUAUGGCUAAGAUGCGGGACGAGGAUCUUGAGAAAUUCGAUGACACAUUUUUUAGUGUCCACCAAAAGCAGGCGGAACUUAUGGAUCCUUGCAUGCGCAUGCUGUUGGAGUUGACACAUGAAGCUAUUAUAGAUGCAGGCAUCAAUCCCUCUGAGUUACGAGGUAGUCGGACCGGUGUCUACAUCGGACUGUCAUUUGUAGAGACUGAACAUGAAAUUCCCAACAUGGAGCCGAGCAGCAUAAAUGGAUAUUGCUUAACAGGCUGUGCCCGUGCCAUGUUCGCCAAUCGCAUUUCCUACACCUUUGAUUUCAAGGGUCCCAGCUUCAUAGUUGACACCGCUUGUUCCAGCUCACUUGUGGCUCUCUCACAUGCUUAUACAGACAUGCGAGCUGGCCGAUGCGAUUACGCUUUGGUCGCCGGUGUUAAUCUUAUUUUAAAGCCCAUAUUCGCUCUACAAUUUUUGCGAUUGGGUAUUGUCAGCCAAGACGGUGCAUGCAAGACAUUUGAUUCCGCGGCGAAUGGAUACGCCCGUGCCGACACCUGUGCCGUGGUCUUCUUGCAACGCGCUACAAACGCAAAACGUAUAUACGCAUCAAUUCUUAACGUGCGCACAAACACGGAUGGGUUCAAGGAACAAGGCGUCACUUUUCCCGAUGGUCGCAUGCAGCAGGAGUUACUGCGCGAAACAUACGGUGAAAUUGGCCUUAGCCCUGAUCAGGUAGUCUAUGUUGAGGCUCAUGGUAGUGGCACACCCGUGGGUGAUGAUCAAGAAGCGAAUAUGUUGAGCAACUUCUUCUGCCGUCCCUCGCGUACGGCUCCACUACUGAUUGGAUCCGUAAAAUCAAAUAUGGGUCAUGCAGAACCAGCGUCUGGGGUGAGUGCACUGGCUAAGAUGAUUAUAGCCAUGGAAGAGGGUGUUAUUCCAAAGAAUUUGCACUACCGCAUACCAAAUCCUGCCGUACCAGCUCUUGUUGAGGGUCGACUCAAGGUAGUAGAUCGUAAUCUCCCAUGGCAGGGUGGCAUUAUUGGACUAAAUUCCUUUGGAUUUGGUGGUGCCAAUGCACACGUUAUUCUCAAGUCGCAUGCCAAAAACAAAAUCUCUAUCACAAGAACCAAGACAUUAAAACUGGUCAUCUGCUCCGGCCGUACGGAGUCAGCGGUCCAGCAGUUAUUGGAAUCGGCUGUCAAAUAUCGGAGCGAUGACGAGUUCUUGACUCUAAUCAAUGACAUUCAUUCCCAGCCCAUUCCAUUACAUCCUUAUCGUGGUUUUGCCAUCGUUAGCAGCUCAGUCGCUUCCAAAAUGGAGAUUAUUCCGUAUGAGGAGGAACAGCGCCCGAUUUGGUUUGUAUAUGCUGGCAUGGGAAGUCAGUGGGCUAGUAUGGCCAAGGAUCUCAUGCAGUGGGAUUUGUUUCAAAAGUCCAUUCAACAUUGUGCUGAAGUACUCGCUCCAAUGGACUUUGACUUGAUUGCAGUACUCACUAGGUCAACAGAAUCCACUUUUGAUAAUAUGCUUUACUCUUUCGUAUCGAUUGCUGCCGUUCAGAUUGCAUUGACGGAUCUAUUAAAGGCAUUGCACAUUGAGCCGGCUGGAAUAAUUGGACAUUCCGCCGGUGAGCUGGGAGCAGCAUACAUGGACGGAUGUCUAACAGCCGAACAAACUGUACUUGCAGCUUAUUGGCGAGGAAAAAGCGUCCUUGACACACCAGGACUACCGCAGGGAAAGAUGGCAGCCGUUGGGCUAAGUUGGGAUGACAUUAAACAACAAUUACCACCGGAAUGCUAUGCUGUCUGCCACAAUAGUGAUGAUAACUGUACUGUGUCUGGGCCAGUUACAGCUAUGGAUGCAACCAUCAAGAGGUUACAGGAAUCAGGCGUUUUUGUUCGAACUGUCGGUUCUGGGGGCUACGCUUUUCACAGCAGAUAUAUCGCUGAUGCGGCGCCAAUGCUACGAAAAAAUCUAGAACGCCUAAUUACAGAACCUAAACAGCGUUCUCAACGUUGGCUAAGUACCAGUGUUCCAGAGCAUGACUGGCAAACUCCCGCAUGCCGCACGGCAUCUGCAGCAUAUUUUAUCAACAACUUAAUAUCACCGGUGCUCUUUAAUGAAGCCAUUCGGCAUAUUCCGAAAAAUGCCAUUAUUGUUGAGGUUGCUCCCCAUGGACUCUUCCGUGCUAUUCUGCGCUCACUUGGAUCGAGGAUAAGUUAUAUCAGUCUCAUGCAGCGCGGUCACGCCAACAAUAUGGAGUUCUUACUAAGUCAAAUUGGUCAGUUAUAUGCGGUUGGUGGGCAGCCACAACUAUUGCAUAUGUCGCUAUCAUCAGCAAUCAAUUAUCCCGUCUCACGUGGUACGCCCAUGCUGAGCUCAUUAAUUGGAUGGGAUCACCGGCAGAAGUGGAGCUAUCCAAAGUUCAAGGGUGGCCGACAGGGCACCCAACAGAGUAUCGAACUUGAUCUAAGUAAGGAAGAGAAUACAUUUCUGGCAGGUCAUACGAUCGAUGGACGCAUCUUAUUUCCGGCAACUGGUUACAUAACACUCGUUUGGAUGAUGCUGGCUCAGCAGCAGGAUAGAGAUUAUCAACGCACCCCGGUUGUUUUUAGUGAUGUAGUCUUCCAUCGUGCUACCAUUCUGGGACUGAGUGCCGCUUCAGCAGUAAAGUUAACCAUCAACAUCUUCCACGGGAAAGGUGACUUUGAGGUCAGUGAGGAUACAACCCUUGUUGCAUCAGGAAAAAUUCAGCUGAUAGUUAGCCCACUGCAACAACAGCUCAAUCUGCCAGACUUACCUGGUAGUGCCGGUGUGAUUAAGCUCUGCACAAAGGAUAUCUAUAAGGAGCUGCGCCUUCGUGGAUACGAUUACAGUGGACUCUUCCAAGGCAUCAUAGACACUGACGUUCAGGCGGUGUCCGGGCACCUUUUGUGGAUGGAUAACUGGAUUAGCUUCAUGGACACCAUGCUGCAAUUCCGUAUACUCAGCAACGAUUUAAGAGAACUACACGUACCCACGUCAAUUGAGCGAAUUCUCAUCGAUCCGCUCAAACAUUUCGAGAUAAUGAAACAACAUCAGCAAAAGCCGCCCGUCUCGUGGUAUCGCAACAUAUCCGUGAUCAAGAGUGGUGGCGUUGAGAUACACAACGUAAAGACAACACAAACACAACGUCGCUCCGGCAAUCAAAGUCUAGCGAGCUUAGAGAGAUACACCUUUACACCAUACAAACAGGCAACAGCUCCUCGAGGGGAUCAACAACGUGCCAAGCUUAUAGCGUUGACUGUAGCGAUGCAGGUGAUAAUUGAGAACAGCGGAGGUGCCUCCAAAAUAAAGGGCGUCGAAAUUGUCAACGCACGGAGUAAUCCAGAGACACUCAUUGGUCCCAAGCUUUUGGAUAUUAUAGAGCGUGAACCAAUAAUGAUUGCCGAAAUAAUUGUGGCAACACCAGAUAGUAAUAAUGAAUCAGAACUGCGUACGGUAUUGCAGGAAUCUGGAGUUCGCGUCAUUACGGCGGAUCUCGCUGUGUCGACAGUGGAGCGACAAUGUGAUUUUCUCUAUGUUCUCAAUUUAUUGUCUACAACUUCAAUGGGGGAUAUCCAUUUACAACAUUUAAUGGAAAGCAUUAAGCAGGAAAAUGGCUUCAUUCUGCUAGAAGAAAAUGCAAGUAUUUAUAAAAUCUCUGGACGGGAACGGUUACAACGCUUGCAGAUGUUGCCAGUCCUAGAGCACGCAUAUGACAACGAUCGUGUCGUGGUCCUUGCUAAAAGAUUUAUCGCUAAAGAUCACUUUCAAUGCACAGUUGUCCAUUUUACAAAUGAUCAUUUUAAGUGGAUGGCCGAUCUCAAGAGCUUGUUGACGAAAACCCAAGCAGAUCAACAUCGUAUUUACUUAGUUGCUCAUGGAGAACCCAGUACAGGAGCUCUAGGAUUUGUAAACUGUCUAAAGCGUGAGCAUCCUGGAAAAAAGAUACGAUUGUAUAUGCUCCUAGAUUCGGGACUACCGCCGUUUUCACUUACAGAUCCUUUUUAUCAGGAUCAGUUAGAUAAGGAUUUGUCGAUAAACAUUCAUCAAAACGGAAAUUGGGGUAGCUACCGUCACCUUCCCAUGGAGGCUCAUCAACCACUGCUAACUGUAGAGCAAGCCUAUGUCAACACAUUAAUUAAAGGUGACCUUUCCUCACUUAAUUGGAUCGAAAGUCCGCGUACUAUAAAUCAAAUCCAAAAUCAAAGUAAAUGGGAACCUUGCACAGUAUAUUACGCUCCUCUUAACUUUCGGGACAUAAUGUUGGCAUCUGGAAAGUUAGGAGUCGAUGCACUGCCAGGAGACUUGGCUCAUCAGGAUUGUGUCUUGGGACUAGAAUUUGCAGGUCGUGACUCGCAUGGCCAACGGAUCAUGGCCAUGGUUACUGCCAAGUCCUUAGCUACAAAUUGCAUGGCCAACAAGAAUCUUCUUUGGAACAUACCGGACAAUUGGACAAUGGAAGAAGCUUCUACAGUGCCCUGUGUUUAUGCUACCGUCUACUAUGCUUUGGUAGUGCGUGGACAAAUGAAGAAGGGCGAACGCAUCCUUAUUCAUGCUGGAUCUGGUGGUGUGGGUCAGGCUGCCAUCUCCGUGGCCUUACAUUAUGGUCUGACGGUCUUUACCACAGUCGGCAGCAAAGAGAAGCGAGAAUUUCUGCUGAAACGAUUCCCCAAGCUGCAGGCACGGAAUAUUGGAAACUCGCGAGACACUUCCUUUGAACAGUUGAUAAUGAACGAAACUUCAGGUGAAGGUGUAGAGUUGGUCCUAAACUCACUGUCUGACGAUAAACUACAAGCAUCGGUGCGAUGCUUGGGUUUAAAUGGUCGUUUCUUGGAGAUUGGAAAAUUCGAUCUGAGUAAUAAUAGUCCAUUGGGUAUGUCUGUGUUCUUAAAGAAUACGUCAUUCCAUGGCAUUUUGCUAGACAGUGUCAUGGACGGUGAUGAAGAAAUUCAGAAGCAUAUUGUCUCGCUUGUGGAAAAGGGAAUUCAGAACGGAGCUGUUUUACCUUUACCCAUUACGCUAUUCACCGAUCAGGAGAUUGAGAAGGCAUUCCGUUUCAUGGCAUCGGGCAAACAUAUUGGCAAAGUUGUCGUUAAAAUUCGCAACGAGGAGCAGCAACUUUCACUCCCCAAACCGCGACUAAUCAACGCUAUUCCUCGCACCUAUAUGCAUCCCGAAAAAAGCUACAUACUAGUCGGAGGAUUAGGCGGCUUCGGCUUGGAGUUAACCAACUGGUUGGUAAAUCGAGGGGCGCGUUUUAUUAUUUUGAACUCGCAUUCUGGUUUGAAAACCGGAUAUCAAGCCCUCAUGAUUAAACGCUGGCAUGAACGUGGUGUUAAAGUGGUUAUAGAUACAAAUGAUGUCUGCAAUGAUGCGGGAUGUAGGAAACUGCUAGAGAGCAGCAACAAAAUCGCGAUGGUGGGGGGUAUUUUCAAUUUGGCUGCAAUUCUUAGAGACUCAAUGUUUGAUGAUCAAACCAUGAAAAACUUUGAGGUAGUUGCAGCACCCAAAAUAUCGAUAACCAAACACCUUGAUCAUUACUCACGCAGCAUGUGUCCGGCUCUCGAGCACUUUAUUUGUUUCUCAAGUUUGACAGCUGGUCGUGGAAAUCCGGGUCAAACAAACUACGGCAUGGCGAAUUCAGCUAUGGAGCGUAUUUGUGAGAAGCGUCAGGUGGAGGGUUAUCCAGGUACAGCCAUACAAUGGGGAGCGAUUGGUGAUACAGGGCUUAUUAUUGAGCACUUGGGCAAUAACGAUACUGUCAUUGGGGGAACCUUACCCCAACGAAUGAGCAGCUGCCUCCACACCUUAGAUAUCUUUAUGCAACAACCACAUCCUGUGCUGGCAUCCAUGGUGCUAGCCGAAAAACGUAAAGCGGAAGCAUCAACCCGUCAAAGUCUCAUCGCAACAAUCGCCAAAAUAAUGGGUUUGCGCGAUGUGAAUAGUAUUCAGGACAAGACGACACUCUUUGACUUGGGCAUGGAUUCGUUAAUGAGCACAGAGAUAAAGCAAACACUCGAGCGAAACUACGACUUGGUUCUGUCAGCUCAGGAAAUCCGUCAGUUGACAUUCAGUGCCUUGAGACACAUCGAUUCAUCUGCGGCACAAGAACAACUUACAGCCACAUCGACAAUUGCAGAUGUGAAUGCUACUAAUCAUUCCAAUGCGACGACCAUUGACGACCAAAGUGAUGAAACCCGCAACGUAUUCGCCAAGGAAGUAUUACCCCAGAACGUACUUGUGCGUCUGCAUUCCAUGGCGACGAAAGAGUCUAGUAAACCAGCCGUAUUUUUCCUUGCACCUAUCGAGGGCUUCACAAUAGCGGUUGAGGCACUUGCUGUUUCGCUUAGCUGUCCAGCCUAUGGACUCCAGUGCACAGAACAGGUGCCUUUGGACUCGAUAGAAGCUUGUGCCGCGUAUUACUUGCAACAAAUCCAGAAAAUACAACCAAGAGGCCCUUAUAACAUUGUGGGCUACUCUUAUGGUUGUCUCCUGGCCCAUGCAAUUGGUGUGGCUUUGGAACAGCUAAAAUUUAACGUGAAAGUCAUUAUGUUAGACGGAGCCCCCACUAUGGCGAGUGGAUAUGUUCAAGAGGCCAAGAAGCAGACUGAUGAUUUAAAUAGACAGCAAUCCAUGACACUAGCUUACUUUGGAGCACUACUUGCCGAUGUCGACUACAAUCAGCUUCUUCAGAUCCUUGACGGACACAAGACGUGGACCUUGAAGUUAGAUAAACUAGCGGAUACCUUAGCAACAUACACUCAACAAUCAAAAGAUGUGAUCAAAAAAGCUGCUUGUAUGUUCAAGCAGAAACUUCUGUUAUCGGAGAGCUACAAGGGAGUGCAGGAAUUUAACAGCGAUGUGGUACUUAUUAAAUCGGCGGAAAAUAAUGCUAUAAUGUCGCAAGAUGACUAUGGUCUUAAAGAGAUUUGCAGUGCACAUAUUGAUAUGCAUGUGGUAGAAGGAACACACCGAACCUUCCUAAAGGCGGUCAAAACAUUCCAGAUCGUCGAGAGAGUUUUACACAAAUAGUGCAUUAAUUGCAUUUACUUUAAUUGUCAUAAUAGUUUUAGCUUAGCACGUAUGCCCAAAAAAAAAGCCACAAUACAUUAGAUUGUUAAGUUUCUUAUUAAAUUUAAUUAAAGUAAAAA